CCUCAUAUUCUCCUGGACUGAUGGAAAGUAUAAUUCCUUAAUUGAACUGACAGCUGAAGGUAAAGCAGAUACCAAAAACCAACGUGUUACUCUUCGAAUUCCAAACAUAAAUUCUCAACCCCAUUUCGGUUUCUCCAAAACUAUUGCAGGUUUUUUUUUUUUUUUUUUUUGAAUAAGCAGCACCGGUGGAAAUGAUUCAACUGUUGUUUAUGGUGGUAUUGACUGAGAUGGCUUUGGUUCUUAUACUUCUGUUCAACACUCCCAUUAGGGAGCUUCUGAUGAUAGGGCUGGACCUGAUGAAACGGGGGAAAGGCCCUAUAGUAGCUAACACUGUUGCAGCAACCAUCCUGAUUGUUUUCAUUGCAACAAUGAAUAGCGUUAGAGAUAUCCAGAAACGGACUGCGGAAACAGGUGUUAUCAAUCCCACGGAUGAAGUUCUCAUGGCGAAUCUCCUUCUGGAAUCGUCUCUCAUGGGUUUUGCUCUAUUUCUUGCACUUGUUACGAAUAGAUUACAUUCCCAUCUUGAGGUUAUUUGUAACACAGGAAAGAAAGCAGCAACAGAGAAGGAUGAUGGGGAUCAUGAAGCUGAAAAGAAGCAAAAGGAGCAAAAGAAGCAGGGUUCCAGCAAAAUAGGCUGAAGAUUAAUUAACAUUUGAUGAACGAUCGUCAAAAUGAUGAAAGUAUCAAAUUGUACCUAUAGUUUGCUUGGACAAAAAGAAUGUUUAUGUUUAUCAUUGAAUUUGCACCUUAUGUUAUGGAAGGACACAAAUAAGAUGAAUUCAAUCGAGGUUUGAAUUUCUAGGCAUCAUGUAAGAAGGCAGGAGGAAAUUGUAAUGAAGUGUUAUGAACCUA